UGAUAAUUUAUUUAAUUUUUGAUUUGAAGAGUUCCGUCCUCAGUACAUGGUUGAUUUAUGGGAUACUGCUCUGGUUCCAAUGUUUGAUACAUUUCUCUUUGAUAGUGAACAUGAUCGAAGUAUGGCUCGAAGGAACCCUGAGACUCCCUUGAACCCGUCUUCUGCUUGGAACUGGGGACUUCAGUUUUCUCUAGAAUAUAUUAAGAAUUGGGAGAAUCCUCUAUUCGGUAUUCCUCGUCGACCUGAUAGAAAUAAUCUUCAUGAUCCAUCUCAUCUUAGUAUGAUCAUGGACAAACAGUUCUUCCCAGGAGUUCCAGAAAGCAAGAAGUAUCUUCCUGUAAACCAUCAUGUAUCCUGUCUUCAAGUCUGGGUAUCUUUCUACCAUAGAUCAGUUCCAUUCUUCCAGAUUCCUGGAAAGCCAGAGGAGGAGUUGUUACUUCUACAACGAGAAUCAAAACAGUUAAUUGAUGAAAUUUAUAAAACCACUGUCAGGGGUAAAGCGAUGAACAAUGCGACUAGAUCGAACAAUUAUUAGUUUGUGGUUCAACAAUGAUAAGACCAGUUGAAGAUCAAACAAUCAAAAGUUAGGACUACAAGUGCUGAAUCAGUUCCAUGAUGAGGUUCUACUAAAUAAAUCCAUUCAGAAGUAUCCCACCAAGAGUGUCUUAGACAUUUGACUCGCAAGAGUCAAUUUUUUUUUUUGAAUGGAAAAUUUUUAUUUUUAUUUAAUGAUUGCUUGAAUAAUGUUUUUAGUAAAAAAAAUCCAACUGGGUUGAUCUGAACUUUUCACGAAAAAUGUGCUUUAAUAUUUAGUUUAGAAUUCUUUGUUUUCUCUAAAAUAUCAUCAUUUACACCCUCUCACAGGGGUUAAUAUGCAACCUUGUUUAAAGAAACUAAUAAAAUAAAAUGAUAUGAGCAACCUAAACACUGGUGAUAAUUCCCUAGAUGUGACCCAAAAAAAUGAACCAAUUCCAAAAUUAUUUUUAAUACUUUGAUUUGAUAAAUUGUUGAGUUUUAAUGAAAAUUACUAAAAUUGUAUAUUUACGAUCCCUGGCCCCUGUAAACAAUUUUAACCAGUUCGUACCAUUUUUAAUUUUAUUGAUCAUUAUUGAUGACGUUUUCUAUUCUGCAUUUUUUAACGACUUUUUUAUGCUGCUUUUCUCUUUAAAGGGACUGUAAGUCUAAUUUCAAGAGACCAGCCAUGCUAAUUUGAUUUUAAUAUUGAUUCGUAACGAUACAUUUCAGGCUUUGUCCGACCAAGUAUGAAUAAGAUAAUUUUGAAAACUUAUUAUUUUUACUUGUUUCUCACUCGUGCAUAAACAGGAAAACAUAUAGGAAUUAUCAGACUGAAAGAACUUAGAUAAAUUACCACAUCUUUCACAUUAUUGACGUAUAGGUUUUUAGGGUACCAUCGCCAUCUUUUCCUGGAGGGUCACUUGAAAUCACGCUUACAGUCCCUUUAAGGUUCUAACAUUUUACUGCUUUUCUUAUUUAUUUCUUAUAAAAAGAAUUUGCUUAAAAUCGAUUCUUCAAGGAAAACGUACGAACUUUAAAAAUAUAUUUUUCUUCUGAAAUAGCCUGUGAUAUUCGUGUACAAUGUACACUGUAAUGUACAUUGUACAACACAAACAUAUAUUGCAUUAUAAUACAUAAAUUAUCUAUGGACGAAAUGCGCAAAUUAUUUGCAUGAUUUUAACAAUAAAUUACAAAUAUUAUUAAUAAAAUCAUAUUUUACAGUUU